UCUUCACUUCGACUCUUGCUUGCAUUUUUACGCGUGCUGCCGGUUUUCUGUAGAUUGUGCUGAUACGGAAUUCAUUAUUUUGGGUCUGUUGUUGUUGCGAGCAUCAAGUCAUCUCUCAGCCCUAUUCCAUGCUCGUUCAGUCCCCGUACCCUUGUAUCCCUACCUAUGACGUUCUGUGCCGUCCAUUUCUCAGUCUUGAAGAGCGAAUCCUCGUGCCAUUACGAUAAACAGCCAAGCGUAUCACAGUAAAGUAUUCUUUGGGACUCUUUUGCUGGAGCACUGUGUAACUACUUGCCUGUGUAGGUGGCCAUCUGUCCGUGACACCACUACCCUCACGGAAUCAGUGUCUGUCUUAUAUUACCAGCUUGCUGAUCUGGCGCACAUGCAAGGCAACUGUGCGCUUUGUAGCGAUUCCUUCUCGGAAGGAGCGUAGAAAUACUUCAACUACGCACUGCCUUGUCGAUCGUAACGGUUUGUCAUGAAGGAAUACAAGGUGGUGGUGCUGGGUGCUGGUGGAGUGGGAAAAAGUGCCCUGACCGUCCAGUUUGUCUCUGGACAAUUCGUGGAGAGGUAUGAUCCAACCAUUGAGGAUUUCUAUCGAAAAGAAAUCGAAGUUGAUCAGGUACCUUCAAUCUUAGAGAUCUUGGAUACUGCUGGAACGGAGCAGUUUGCCAGUAUGCGUGACCUGUACAUCAAAAAUGGCCAAGGUUUCGUACUAGUCUACUCAACAAUCGAUGACCACAGUUUCGUUACAGUUCAACCUAUGCGUGAGCAAAUCUUACGUGUCAAGAACUGUUUAUCAGUUCCUUUAGUGCUUGUUGGCAACAAAUGUGAUAUCCCAGACAGACGUGAGGUGGUUGCAGAACGUGGCCAACAACUAGCCACAGAAUGGCAAUGUCCAUUCUUUGAGACAUCAGCAAAGACCAAGGAGAACGUCAACGAUGUAUUCGCGGAAAUUGUUCGUGAGAUGAACUCGACUUAUAAGCCAGCGAAGAAGGACAAGUCAUGCUGUGUGCUACUAUGAAUGGAGGAUUAGCAGUCGCCAUAGUUUCCACGACAACUAUGGUGGUAUUGACAACGCAUCGCUGGUGGUGGUGUUGGCGGUGCUGAAGCAUGAUGUAUAUCUGGAUUAUUGUGCUGGAUUCGAACAUCCUGUCAGCCUCAAACAUCAGGUAAUACAUACAUGUAUGUUGCUUCAUACAUGUUUGUACUCGUACUAUCUAGCUGUAUGAGUGUGUGUUGGUCUGAUAUACGCUGAUAGGACAUUGAUUUUGUAUGCUUAACACACACAUACACACACACACACAUACAUACCAUACACACACACACACAUACAUACCAUACACACACACACAUACACACGCGUACACACACAUGCGUACACACACGCACACAGUACCACAAUAAUGUGCACACACAGUGCUUGAUAAAUUACAGGCUGACAGUCAAGUGCACACUGGCUGCUGCUGCACCACUGUGUCUGCUAACUAUUUCCCAAUUCUGUCUCGGGUUAAUUUUGAAAUUUAAGUCCUGAGUUUUGCUCUUUAGCUUUGUAGAGUAUACGUUUCCUACCUCGCAUUAACGUUCCAUUUGAACAUUGUGUGAGCAUUCAAACAGUGUGUGUGUGGGUGGGUGGUUGUAUGUGGCUACUUUCAACCCAGUACAGUACAUGUUAGAGAAACCUAGGCGCAAGUUUCUACUUGUUGCUAGCACACUAUGACGUUAGGAACUUUGCUCAAGGUGUUGGACUUUGUAUGAAGAGGCUGUUGCUAAUACUGACUUGUUCUUUCUUGUGGUAUUUCUAGAGUAUUGAAGUAUGGCUUUAGAUUAUUAUUUGAUCUGCUAACUGCAAUGUAAAUCUAGACCCCGUUUAAGACAGAA